CUCUGCAGAAGGCAACACCCACCUCGGAACAACGACCACAAGGGCAGAGAACGAGGAAACAAGAGAGAGAAACAAUGAAAAGAAGGCAGGAGAGGUGAACACAGACAGAGACAUCAACACGGAGGAAGAAGAACAGAGCCACAGACCCGAAGAAGAGAACAAGAAGGCGGUGGUGUUCAGGUUGAGAUGGAGCUGUGGCGUCACUGUGCAGUGUGGCUGAUAGAGUGCAGGGUGCUCCCUGAGAGCCACAGGGUAACGUGGGACAGUGCUCAGGUGUGUGAGCUAGCCCAGGCUCUGAGGGAUGGAGUCCUGCUCUGUCAGCUGCUCAACAACUUACUACCCCACGCCGUCAACCUCCGAGAGAUCAACCUACGACCACAGAUGUCCCAGUUCCUGUGUCUGAAGAACAUCCGUACGUUCCUGGGGGUGUGUCAGGAGAAGUUUCACCUGAAGAAGACUGAACUGUUUGAAGCCUUCGACCUGUUUGAUGUCAGAGACUUCGGCAAGGUGAUAGACACCUUGUCCAUUCUGUCCCACUCAUCCAUCUCCAUCCAGAAGGGUUUCCAGCCUUUCCCAAUAGAAGGCUGUAUUACUGAUGAUGACAUCUACAGCGGUCUCUCUGACCAGAUUGAUGAGACAGUGGAUGAGGAUGAUGACCUGUAUGACUGUGUGGAGGACCAGGAGAAUGAGGGGGAUGAGAUAUAUGAAGACCUGAUGAGGGCCGAUGAGCCAUCAGAGACGCAGCAGCAGCAGAAGAUGGAGGUGGACAAGAGAGAAUGCUGCCUGCAGGAGAUCAGACUGACAGAGGAGAAAUACACUGACACACUGGAGUCCAUAUUACAGCACUUUAUGAAGCCCCUCCAGAAGUUCCUUCAGCCUCACGACAUAGAGAGUAUCUUCAUCAACACGGAGGAUCUGGCCAUAACCCAUCGUAGUCUGCUGGGGGAGAUCCAGACCUCCAUCUUAACCCUGAACGCCGAGAACCUUUACCAGGUCUUCAUCAAUUACAAAGAGAGGUUGUUGCCGUAUGGGCGGUACUGCAGUCAGGUGGAAGCAGCUACUAAACACCUGGACAAGAUGUCCGCCAUGAAGGAAGGCGUCAGGAUGAAACUACAGGAGUGCUCUAAGAGGGCAAACAGUGGCAGGUUUUCUCUGCGUGAUCUACUCAUGGUUCCCAUGCAGAGAGUCCUCAAAUACCACCUACUGCUCCAGGAGCUGGUGAAACACACGUCUGGCACUACAGAGAAAGACAACCUUCGGACAGCUCUAGACGCCAUGAGAGACCUCGCCCAGUGUGUGAACGAGGUAAAGAGAGACAAUGAGAUCAUCAAACAGAUCACCACCUUCCAGUUGUCUAUAGAGAACAUGACCCAGUCUCUGGCUCUGUACGGACGACCCAAGAUAGACGGAGAACUGAAGAUCAUCUCCUCAGAGAAGAAAUCCAAACAGGACAGGUAUGCCUUCCUGUUUGACAAGGCGAUGCUGGUGUGUAAGAAGAAGAGUGGAGAGAUGAUGGAACUGAAGGAGAUUAUAGAGCUGCAGCACUACCAGCUACGAGACGAGACCAUCGGGGAGAAGGACAACAAGAAGUGGUCACAUUUUUUCCUGCUUAUAGACUGUUAUGGGAAGUUGGGAUACGACCUGUUCUUCAAGACCAGAGAUCUCAAGAAGAAAUGGCUGGAGCAGUUUGAGAUGGCCCUGUCCAACAUGUGUCCAGAGAACUGUACUGCCAACAGUCAUGACUUCCAGAUGUACUGCUUUGAAGAUACCACCUCCUGCAAGGCCUGCUGUAUGCUACUCAGGGGGAUAUUCUUCCAGGGGUAUCGUUGUAGUCGUUGCAAAAUGGCCGCUCAUAAAGAAUGCCUGGGAAGAGUACCAGGCUGCGGACGCAACCCAGACCACUCAGGCACCGUGAAGAAGAAUAAGAAGUCAGCUUCUCACAGACAAGCCAGUCCAGGUCUUCCUAAAAUGGAGGUGUGUCAGGAGUACUAUGGUGUCCCUCCGCCCCCUGUAGCGUUCGGCCAACCACUGCACCUCUCCAUGGGUGAUGUCAUCGAACUGACAAGAGCCGAGGCCGACCUACAGUGGUGGGAGGGCAAGAAUGUGACGAUUGGUCAGAUGGGUUGGUUCCCCUGCAGUAAGGUCCAGCCCUUCAUCUGUAGACCAACUCCUGACCUAUCAGACUUCCUAUGGUUUGCGGGGAACAUGGACCGGUCAGCGGCGAAGAACCUCCUGAUUUCACGGUCAGACGGAACGUUUCUGGUCCGCCAGAAAGACGGAGGAGAGUUCGCCAUCAGCCUCAAGUUUAACAUGGACAUCAGACACAUCAAGAUCACAUCAACAGAAGGCCUCUACCGCAUCAACGAGAAGAAAGCAUUCAAAGGGUUAAUCGAGCUGGUUCAGUUCUACCAGCAGCAUUCACUGAAGGAGUAUUUUAAGGAAGUGGACACCACCCUCCAGACCCCCUUCAACCAGCCUGAACAGAGUGAUACACCUUUCAACACACCCUCCCCAGGUGGCAGUAUGCAUUCGUUCGGCACAGCUAGGGCCAGGUAUGACUUCUCAGCCAGAGACCGUACAGAGCUGUCUCUGAGAGAAGGAGACACAGUCAAGGUCCUGUCUAAGAAGGCUCCCAAUGGAUGGUGGAAAGGAGAGGUCUAUGGACGGGUUGGUCUGUUCCCAGCUAACUAUGUAGAAGAGGAUUACUCUGAAUAUUGCUGAUGUCGCCUCAAUGUCACACCUUCACCUGUGUGUGAAAGAGACCAAUUCAAUCCCUCCCCCAUCCCUUGGCCCUAACCCUUUAAGGGGCAGUGCAGUCAGCAAUGUGAUUUUACUGGGAAGGGGGGGGUUCAACAAUAUUUCCACACUAUGAAGUUGAAAUAACACUCUGAAAUUGUGAAAAAUUAUGAUAAUGACCUUUUAGCUUUUUGAAAACAAUGCUUGGAAUUUCAGCCUGUUCAGGUGGGAUGGAGAUUUUGGCCCAACGCAUGACAUCACAAUCUGAUCAGAUGUUUCUGAUCAAUGACCAGUCAUCUUUUUAUUUGCAUAUGUAUCCUCCUACUUUGAAAUAACACUCUGAAAUUGUAGAAAAAUUAUGAUAAUGACCUUUUAGCUUUUUGAAAACAAUGCUUGGAAUUUCAGAGCAGGCCUGAGUGGUGUCACGCUUUUUCCCCGUCCCUAGAAAAACACAGCUGAUUAAUCUAAUUGCAUUCUGAACUGAAGAUCAUGAUUAUUUCAUUAAUGGAGUCAGGUGUCUUAGCUGGGGCAAAAGUGUGAUACCAAUCAGGCGGACUGGAACUGCCCAAUCACUGCUCUAGAGCCUAGACAAUCAUAUCCUCCAAUCAGGGCUGUGUAUGGAAACAUAUUAAAAUUUGUAUCAACAUGCCGACACGAUCAGACUGAGCAUUUCAAUGGCAAAAGGAGGCUCGGGGGGGGGAUGAUACAAAAUAUAUUUGGAGUUAUUUUCAUAUAAUAAACACAGUGAUUUACUAGACAUACAGUGAUGAUGUAAAAAAAAUUAAAUCAAAAAGACUGCAUGUAGGCUAUAAAUGUUUGCAUAGAUCUGCAAGAUAGAGGCAAUAUGGCGGAAGCUUCACCACCACCAUAGAGCACUAAAGGACAUAUUAGCAUGGGCAGCACCACUGAGGGCUUCCACCAUUUUUUAUAUAGUCAACCGGACGGGACUUCCAACUUCAUUGGCUGAUCCCUCCUGGUGAACCCUGUUGGGAGUCAUGUGCAACCGGGUCAUCAGGAGGGAUCAGCCAAUCGUGAAGAAGAAGAAAGAUGCAAUGAUGCUGCCUCUUUCCAUCUCUAUGAGCAUUACUACACACGGAUACCUACACAGACCCUUCAGACAUGUUAACAUCAAGGGGUUAGGGUCAAGGGGGAGGGGGGAGGGGGGGGUCCUAAAGACAGGGACCCCUGGCUUCCUCCUAUGUUUAUAACUCAAUGUACUGAUUCAAUGUUUCUGCUGUGAAUAAAACCUCUGCUUUACAGUA